AUGGCGGCUCCAUCCUCACAGGCGUCCGUGAACGACCAGAUUCGCCAGCUCAACGACGCAAGGAAGCUCGUCUUGGGCGACGUCAAGUAUUAUCCAACCGUUGUCAAGAGCAUUCUGCCCAUCGUCGGACCCACAGCGCGCGUUGAACUCCGAAGAUGGGGCGCCGACUUCCUGGCCGAGGCCUUUUCGACGCCCGCGCUACCGGGCAGCGAAAAGGAGACAAUGCAGCUCUUCGUGCUGGACACGCUGCAGAGCAUGGUUGAGACCCCGAAUGAGGAUCCCCACGUACUGCGGAGCGCCAUUCAGACGGCCGCCAGCAUCUAUCCCUUUGCGCUGCGAUGGAUCAUCAACAACUCGUACGAUAACCUCACGUGGGAACGGGUGGUCGCAAUCAAGACACGCAUUCUUCAGAUAUGGAGCGAGGCCGAGUCGACGGUGAGGAUAUGCUGCAUCAAGUUUGCGCAACGAGUUGUCCUCGCACAAUCGGUGGCCAACCCAAGCGAACCAAGACGAGGUGAUUCCCUUGACAUUUCACUCGACAAGAUCCCGCCAAACCAUCAGACGCUAGAUGUUAUGACCCUCGACGCCGAAGGAGUUGGAUUGCUGGACAGGAUGUUGAGCGUGUUGCAGGAGAACAGCAGUGAUGUUCUUCUCGUUGAUGCCACCUUAAACUGCCUGUCCAUCUUGAUCCGCAGUCGGCCGGGAACGGCCAACAGGAUCCUGACUGCCGUGCUCAACUUCAAUCCCAUGAAGCUCGCGAACUCGCCCAUGACUCCUAGAACCCGUGUGAUUGUCAAGUCCAUGGAGAAGACGACUCGUAUGCUCUUGAUACAUCUGUCAAAACGGUACAGCCCAGCGCGCCUUCCGUGUUUGCCGCCUUCCCUGCUAACCUUGCAACGCAGCGACCCCCACGGCCCGAUGGCGCCUCGGAUUCAGCAGCAUGUGGAGAGAAUGAUGCGCAUGAGGCACGAAAUCUUCGACGAGUCCGGUCGCAAACGGGCUUUCGAAGCUCAACAGCACGCCGAGAUGGACGCCAAGCGCCAGCGGGUUGCACCCCAAGUGGCGACGACGCCGCAGAUCCAAGUCACACCACUACCGCCAGGCCCUCACAGCUUGGGUGACGUCUUCACUCUCACGGGCAGUGAAGGACUGAAGGCCUUCGAUGUGGGCACACUCCCGACGGCAAUGGCCGCGAAAAUCAGCAUCACCACGCUCAUCCGCACGGAUGCGCAACUUCUCACAAUGGCAAUCGAGGGUAUUCGGGGACGACUCGCCGCUCUGGCAGCACAACCCGCACCGCAAAUCAACCCCGAGACUGCUCCUCUGGGCGUCGAAGAGGAUGACGAUUACGAACCGGAUUUCGCCGCCGCUGAAGAUAAUGAGCAAAUUCUGAACAAGCUCGACAGCGAUCCUGUGGCCAGACCAGAUGACCACGACCUUGGGCUGAGGACGUUCAAGCUGCCGCCUCCACCUGCGCUCACGCCAGAAUUGGCGCUAAGCGCGGGUCAAGGCUCAGUCAUGUCCCUGUUCCAGUUUGUCAAGACGCUGGAAGACCCUGGCAAAAGGUCCAAGUCUGGUAUCAACCGACUGGCGGCUAGUACCAACGACCGAGAAUCCUGGAUUGCCAUCAUUACCCGUCUGGCUAGCCGUUCGUCGGCAGAUUUAGAGGAGUUCGGCACCAAGGACGAGACCAGUGAAUCAGUGUCGGGAUUGUCUCUCGGCAACAGCAUCAGAGACUCGCUGUACACGUAUGUACUUGAGGAUUUCCGGCGACGUAUCGACGUCGCCAUCACUUGGUUGCACGAAGAGUGGUACAACGACCAGCUGCAAAAGAAGCAAGAGGGAAACCAUCCUCUGCACUACGAGAAAUGGGCGCUCAAGUUGAUUGACGGUUUCUCGCAAUACCUCAAUGCCCAGGACAAGGUCCUCACCCGGUUCUUGGGUGAGGUCCCUGAGCUCAGCCCCGCCAUCCUGUCUCGCGUCAAGCUCAUGUGUCGCGAUCCUCUGGUGGUGCCUCUGGCUCUGACGAGUCUAUUGUACCUGGUCAUGAUGCGACCACCGGCCAAAGAGCUUGCCUUGGACACGGUCCAGGAUAUCUGGACAGAGUAUGAGGAUGCGCGACCACUGGCGGCGAAAUACUUGGUCAAGUUCCGGCCGUCCUGGCUAGCAUCAGCCAAAGCAGUAGCAGAGGGUGGGGGCACUGCAGUAACAAACAACGCAACGGCAAUCACAACAUAA